AAGCGUCAUACAAUUUCUUUGUUGUAAAAGUAGCAAUACCUAAAAAAACAAAAUUAAAACGCUUCCCCGCCAAAUGCAUAACAUCAAAAAGCGACUGCUUUCAUUAAUUGUUGAAAAACAUCAGAAGAUAGCAUCAACUUGGGUGACAAUGUCUGUGCCAGGUAGUAUGAUGGAAGUGAAUACCCCUGAGAGUUCCAGCGGUCAUGCCCUGGCUUCCACCCCUGAACUAAUGAACAUCAGCCCCAUGUCAGGCAGCCAACCCACCCCGCAAGGAACCCAGACAGUGCUUGAUGAGUUGCUCAAACAAAGAGAGUGCCUGUGGUCUAAGAAACAGCAGCUUACAACUAGAAUCCGCGCCAUUUCCCAAAAAAGCAGCUCUGUGAUAGAUGCUAUGAGUGAAGAGGAAUUGAUGAAAAUGUACGAGUCCCUGCAAGAGGAGUUGCUGCAGAAGACAGUGGCCAUUGACUCCAAGGAGCUGAUUAUUCAAGGAGAGCAUCUUAAUCAGACUCUUCUAGCGGUACACAAUAUGGCUGACACAGACGGAGACUUGGAAAUACAGAGACAGAAAAGAGAACUGAAUAGGCUUCUAGAAGAAUUGGGUGCUCUUUCAUCUCAAAUUGGAGCUGCCCAAAAGAAAAAAGUGAAGAAGGAAACUGAUUUAGAGAAAAUAAGGGCAGAAAAUUCAGAGUGUUUGCAGAAGAGCCGAGAGCUGUUUUCCAAGAUAGACGCGAAGAAGAAGGAGAAAGAAGAGGAGCUUCGAGCCUUGACUGUUUCCAAGGGAGUUAACUACAGCUUACAUGACCGACUGAACAGUGAGAUUCAAAUGUCCUCUCUGACCAAUAACACCCUGCAGUGCUUGAUACUGGGUAGUGGAAUCAACUGGGCAGAGGAUGAAAACUUGUGUAAACUAAUGCUGGAGGCUGGAAAACCAGUCAGUAUUUGAUAGGAUCUGUUAACUGCUGAUGAAGGAUCGACAACUUUUCAGUGUUUGAUGGCAACGGUGUACAAAUGUUGGAAACUUGAAAACCAAUAAGUGUUUGAUGGGAGCUGUAAACUGAUGUUGGAGACUGAAAAAUAAGUCAGAGUUUGAUGGGAACUGUGAACUGGUGUUGGAGACUGGAGAAUAAGUCAGAGUUUGAUGGAAACUGUGAACUGGUGUUGGAGAGAGGAGAAUAAGUCAGAGUUUGAUGGAAACUGUAAACUGAUGUUGGAGACUGGAAAUACAGUCAAUGUUUGUUGGGAGCUGUAAACUGAUAUUGGAAACUGGAAAAUAAGUCAGAGUUUGAUGGGAACUGUAAACAGGUGUUGGAGACUGGAAAAUAAGUCAGAGUUUGAUGGGAACUGUAAACAGGUGUUGGAGACUGGAAAAUAAGUCAGAGUUUAAUGGGAAUUGUAAACUGAUGUUGGAGACUGGAAAAUAAGUCCGAGUUUGAUGGGAACUGUAAACUGGUGUUGGACACUGGAAAAUAAGUCAGAGUUUGAUGGUAACUGUAAACUGAUGUUGGAGUCUGAUUAAAACAGUCAGAGUUUGGUCUCAUAACUCAACAAAUUUCCUUGCUUUCUCCAUAAAAGUUUCCUAGUUUUGUCCGUCUGUCAGUCCAGUCCAUUCAUCUGUGUGUCACACAAUAUUAAGGGCUAUAUCUCAGAACCUAGAUAAGAUACCAACUUGAAUUUCAAAAACUUCAUGAGUGUAUAGAUAUCAAUGAGGCGAAGUGCAAUGUACAAGAACCAUAACCCUACACUUUCUUAAAUAAGAGUUAUUGCCUGUGGUUGUUUAUUUAUGAUGCAACUUUUCAGGGUUAGAUCAUAUAUACGAUACAUGUACAUGAAACUUGAUUGGUUUAUACAUGCAGAUAUUGAUAACGAGAAUUGCAUUGCACAGGAACAAUAAACCAAAACUUUCGAAAUUAAGAAAUAUUUCCCUUGCUUAUUCAUAUGAUGUAACUUUUUAGGGCUAGAUCUCAAAAAUAUGAUACACGAUUUUAACAUGAAACUUCAUGGGUGUAAAGCCAUCGAUGAGAACAAUGGAAAUGCAUAAAAAUUACUUUACACUUAAUUAUAAUUUUUAUUAUUAUACUGUAUAUCAAGGGAUUUUCGCCUAUCCAAAAUGAAUAUUUAUAAGGCGGGGGAUAUCAAUUCAAUGUAUUUGAUUGUUUUCUAAGGAAUUGCUAGAGAGCCUGAUUUCUUUUCUUUAAUAAAAGCACAACAUAAGUGUUUAGUUUUGUAAAAAGGCCAAUGUUGAGCAUUCAUUCAUAAAAAGAUAUUAUAUUGUUGAAGAAUAUUUAACGUUAUCACAUAGUUAAAUUGUUAAUAUGAUAAUUUGAGUGCAUAUUGUUUCUCCUGUUACCAUGGUUGAAAUGCAGUGUGUUUCAGUAGUAAUGGAAAGGGACAAAGGCACAGGGUUUCAAACUUAACCUUUAUUGAUGUAUUACCGGUAAAUACAAUAUAUUGUUUUCACAUGUUAUGUAUUAAAAUAUAUUCAAAUUUAACUAUUUUCUUCUAGUUUAUGCUUUUCCAUGAAAAGUAUAAUGUUGUAGGUGAAAGAAAAUUUGAUUUCAUUGAAAAAUAAACUGAAUAAAAGUAUAAGAAAAAUCA